AUGGAGGGAUUAACGGGGCUUACUCAUCUAUUUGUCACAAUGUUUCUCGCUGGUUUCGGCGGGGUUAUUGUUAUUCCGGCCAUCACCGACGUCACCAUGGCGGCAAUUUGCCCCGGUCAAGACCAAUGCUCUCUGGCAAUUUAUCUCACUGGUUUUCAACAUGCUAUGAUUGGAGUAGGGUCAGUGUUGACAACACCAUUAAUUGGGAAUUUGUCUGACCGGUAUGGCAGAAAAGCUUUGAUCACACUUCCUCUCACAGUAUCUCUCAUUCCUCAAGCUAUAUUGGCAUAUAGCAGGGAUACAAAAUUCUACUAUGCAUACUAUGUGGUCAAAACUCUUGCUGCCAUUGCUGGUGAAGGCAGCUUUCAUUGCCUAGCUCUUGCUUAUGUGGCAGACAAAGUUCCAGUUGGGAAAAGAGCAUCGGCAUUUGGAAUACUUGCUGGUGUUGGAUCUGCGUCUUUUGUUGGUGGAACAUUAGCUGCUAGAUUUCUAUCCACGCCUUUGACAUUUCAGGUUGCUUCAGUGUUCUCAAUGAUUGCAUUGGUGUACAUGAGAAUUUUCCUCAAGGAAAGUGCACCUAUGACUCAACCAUUAUUGAAAGAGGCAGAGGAACCAUGCAUUCAACAGUGUGAGGAUGAUAUGCCACAAAAAACAUUUAAGAAACUACCUUCAAUGGGGGAUGUAAUUUGUUUGCUCAAGUGUAGCCCUACAUUCUCACAAGCAGCAAUUGUUUUGCUCUUCAAUAGUCUCGCAGACGGUGGUUUGAUGGCAGUAUUGCUGUAUUAUUUGAAGGCGCGAUUUCAAUUCAACAAGAAUCAGUUUGCCGAUUUGAUGAUGAUCUCUGGGAUCGGAGCUACUCUAACACAACUAUUUCUCAUGCCGAUAUUAGUACCUGCUGUAGGAGAGGAGAAGUUGCUCUCAACAGGGCUCUUUGUUUCCUGCAUAAAUAUAUUCGUAUACAGUGUAGCAUGGUCGUCAUGGGUUCCUUAUGCUCUAGCAGGUUUUUCUGUUUUAGGCGUUCUCGUGCGACCAACUCUAACAAGCAUUGCAUCGAAACAAGUUGGACCAAAUGAACAGGGAAUGGUUCAAGGAUGUCUCUCAGGAAUCACUUCCAUCGCCAACAUCAUUUCUCCGUUAAUUUUCAGUCCACUGACAGCCAUGUUUCUGUCAGAAGACGCACCAUUUAAUUUUCCUGGAUUCAGCCUAAUGUGCCUUGGGCUAAUACUGAUGACAGCAUUUUUUCUUAGUCUUAUGAUUCGCGCUGCGCCCCUUAUUGUUGGUGACAUAGUUAGUAGUAACCGUUGCACAGACACCUUGGUCUGA